AUGCCGUUACCUUUUACCACCAGUAGCUACCUCUCUAGUACCCUCUAUCGUUGUCAAGACGCCACCAUCAUCUCCCUCACCCAAACCUGUAACCCGCUACAAUUCUCCCAAAACUCUGCACCCACCACCAAUCUCCACACCUUGAAACCACUUAAAGUUCUUGG